GAUACUAGCUGCAGUCUGUUACAUUUAAAAGAGAGAAAGUGUCUGCCGUAAUUUUUCUCUAGCUCUGUAAUUCAUGUGUGUGUAUCUCUGUUUACAUUCACAUGUAGUCUCUAGGUAGACACUUUUAUCCUAAGUCACUUCUAAGUUAUGUACAUUUCUAGCAAAUAGCCAAUAUAUUGCAAAGAAAUUGUAGAAAUUACAUCCCAGAUAGAAGAGAAGAGUGAAGAUAUUGCUGAACUUUUAAAAUAAUCUUACAGGAGACAUUCAAAGGAUCCAAUCUAACAAGAAAGGGAACACUGAGGAAAAAAGAAAAAAAGACAGAUGUCACAAUCGCCCACACUCAACCGUACAUAUGGCGACACAUACUGGAGAAAAGCCAGUUCAGUGUUCACAGUGUGGAAAGACCUUUAACCAAAUGUCUUAUCUUAGGAAACACCAGAAGAUCCAUACUGGGGCAAAGCCACACCAGUGUUCUCAGUGUGGAAAGGCCUUUAUUCAAAUUGGUAACCUCAAGUCCCACCAGAGGAUCCAUACCGGGGAAAAGCCUUAUCAGUGUUCUCAGUGUGGUAAAACCUUCAGCCAUAUGGGUUAUCUUAAGCUACACCAGAGGAUUCAUACUGGAGAAAAGCCACAUCAGUGUUCUCAGUGUGGAAAAACCUUUAGCCAAAUCCCUCAUCUCAAGACGCACCAGAUAAUCCAUACUGGAGAAAAGCCACAUGAGUGUUCUCAGUGUGGAAAAACCUUUAGCCGAAUGCAUCAUCUUAGGUCACACCAGAAGAUCCAUACUGGGGCAAAGACACACCAGAAGAUCCAUACCGGGGAAAAGCAUUAUCAUUGUUCUCAGUGUGGAAAAACCUUUAGACAAGUGUCUGAUCUCAAGAGACACCAGAGGAUCCAUACUGGGGCAAAGCCACAUCAGUGUUCUCAGUGUGGAAAGACCUUUAGCCAAAUGUCUAGUCUCAGGUCACACCACAUGAUCCAUACUGGAGAAAAGCCACAUCAGUGUUCUCAGUGUGGAAAAACCUUUACGCACAUGUCUAAUCUCAGGACACACAAGAAGAUCCAUACUGGAGAAAAGCCACAUCAGUGUUCUCAGUGUGGAAAAACCUUUAACCGAAUUGGUAACCUCAAGACACACCAGAAGAUCCAUACUGGAGAAAAGCCACAUCAGUGUUCUCAGUGUGGAAAGGCCUUUAACCAAAUGUCUCAUCUUAGGAAACACCAGAAUAUCCAUACUGGGGCAAAGCCACAUCAGUGUACUCAGUGUGGAAAGGCCUUUAGUCAAAUGUGUAAUCUCAAGAGACACCAGAGGAUCCAUUCAAAUGAUGUGCUGCCCUGCUAAUACAUGAUUGAGUAUCACUUACUGAAAUAAUUUUGAUUAGAUGAAAAAAUGUGAUGUUCAUUUUUGAAACAGGUUUUAGGUUAGAUAUUGAAACAUGAAUUGAAUAAAAAAAAGUGAGUGUUUUUUUCAAGUAUGUGUAUGUGGGGUAGACACAGACAAACAUGGCUACCUCGAGAAAACAGGCUGCACUCACUAGUAAUGGGGAGGUGGAGUAUGAGUUACUUUUCCUGACAGAAUGUAAUAAAUACAACAACAGGGAAAACAAAACAAAAAUUGAUAACUUUGUGUGUAGUCCUCGUAGGGAUUGUAGUUCUUUAGCUUGCGGCCAUGUUAUGUGUGGGUUGUAGCUGUCAAGAAAAUAACUACUAUAACUAGUUACCAAGUGAAUUUUUGUAUCUUUCCUGGGUAGUCGUUAUUAAAAUCAUGUUUUUUUUUCUGAGAGAAUUGUCAUGUUUCCUUCUUUUAAUUUAGCCUCCUAAAAACAACAAUUUCAUACAUCUUAUUGUCAGUAAUU